GCUCUCUCUCACUUCGCUCUCCCCGUCUCUCUCGUCCUCCUGUCCUCUCGUCCUCCCUCUGCUUCCCUCCUCCUUGUGAGGCCUCCUGCCCUCUCCUGCACGCGACACUCUUCUUCCCCCUGACGAACUCUCCCAUAAUCUCUUGAACGCUUCUACGACAAUCGCCUCUCCGUGUCCCCUUGGGAAAAAGCUUGUCAGUCAUGGACGAGUCCGAGAAGCAGCAGAGCCAAGCGGCCGGCGAACGCAUCCGCUGGGAUGCCGACGAGGAGGCCGGUAGGAAGGCUCAUCGCUCCAGUGCCGGGCCUGCGCUACAUCACGCCCGGUCAAACACUUCCAUGUCCAUUCACUCGAUUCGGUCGAGACGCAACUCCAUCGAUGCCGCAGCUGAGCUGCCCAUCCAGUACCGCACAGUAUCCAUCGAGAUAGAAGAAUACAAGACAAAAUCCGAAGCCAUCAAGAAGGCUAAAAACGUCGCAACAGAGCUCUCGGAACUCGAAUGGCACAUCCUCUCUGUCGACGAGAUCCUCAGACGCCAGUCGUCCUCCCUCGCCGACGGCCUCUCCCCGGACCAAGUUCAGCGCCGCGUAGCACACUACGGCCGGAACGCGCCCUCUCCCGCGCCUACGAACCACACGAAGCGCAUCCUCGGAUACUUCUUCAAGGGCUUCGGUACCGUCCUGCUGCUAGCAUCGGUCCUCGUCUUCAUUGCGUGGAAGCCACUGGGCAGCCCGCCCGCUGUGGCGAACCUGGCACUGGCCAUCGUCUUGCUGGCCGUCUUCUUCAUCCAGGCCGCCUUCAACAUGUGGCAGGACUGGUCCUCAUCCCGCGUCAUGAACUCAAUCAAGACGAUGCUCCCUGAGAACUGCAUGGUCAUCCGUGACGGCCACCAGGCCGAGCUUCUGGCUGAUCAGAUCGUCCCUGGCGAUAUCCUAAUCGUCAAGUCGGGAAACAAGUUGCCUGCCGAUGUACGCUUCCUCAAGGUCUCUUCCGACGCCAAGUUUGACAGGUCCAUUUUGACGGGUGAAUCGGUCCCUCUGCCUGCUUCGGUUGACUCGACCGACAACAACUACCUUGAGACACGAUGCAUCGGUCUUCAGGGCACUCAUUGCGUAUCGGGCACUUGCACGGGGCUGGUGGUGGCCACGGGCGACAACACCAUCUUCGGCCGCAUCGCCAAGCUGACCAACGAGCCCAAAAAGGGGUUGACGACCCUGGAGCGCGAAGUGUUGCACUUCGUGCUCAUUAUCUGCUCCAUCAUGUUCCUGAUGAUUGUCAUCGUUCUGAUAGUCUGGGGCACAUGGUUGAGGAAACAGUACCCCAACUGGAUCAACGUUCCGAACUUGAUCAUCUCCUGUGUCUCUGUUGCUGUGGCCUUCAUCCCCGAGGGUCUACCUGUUGCUUUGACUGCUAGCAUGACAAUCAGCGCCAACAUGAUGCGGAAGAACAAGAUCCUGUGCAAGUCGCUCAAGACGGUCGAAACUCUCGGGUCCGUCUCCGUCAUUUGCUCCGACAAGACUGGCACAUUGACUCAGGUAAGCAAGUCGUUACAGCCCCUAACGUCACCUAAGGGCCCAAGAGUAAACGCUGACGACCAUAAAAAGAACAAAAUGAUCGUCACCGAGUGCGCCAUCGGCACGAUGACGAUGACGGCCGAGGGUGCCCGGGACGCGCUCACGCUCAACAAGCACAACGCCCCGCACAAUAACUCAAUGGAGCAGCUACGUGCCAUUGCCGGUCUCUGCAACGCCGGCCAGUUCGACGCCGCCACGAUGCGUCUGCCGCUCCAAGAGCGCGUCAUCCACGGCGACGCCACGGACCAGGCCAUUCUGCGCUUCUCCGAGAGUCUGGGCCAGGUCGCCGAGCUACGUCGCUGCUGGCAGACCAAGUACGAACUCGCUUUCAACAGCAAGAACAAGUACAUGAUCCGCGUGCUGGGCCUGUCCCACCCCGACGGCCUUUCGUUUGCCCUGCCUUCUGAUACCGCUUCGGUCUUCCAGCCGGGCGAUGUUCUUUUGACCAUCAAGGGAGCCCCCGAUGUUCUCAUGCCCAGGCUCAGCAAUUACGUCAACCCCUCCGGAUACACUACUGCCUUGGACCCCUCGACGCGUGCUUCCAUCGAGCACAUCAAGGAUGAGUGGUCGUCCCAGGGACGCCGCGUGCUGCUGCUCGCUCGCAAGGCCAUCUCGAGAUCGGCCCUCAAGGGAAGCCCGUCCGACAGCUCGUAUGAGAUGGAGAUCAACAACCAAGCCAAGUCCGGGCUCACUCUCGUUGGUCUGGUCGGCAUCGUUGACCCGCCCCGUCCCGAGAUCCCCGAGGUCAUGAACACCCUUCGUGGCGCCGGCAUCCGCAUCUUCAUGGUCACGGGCGAUUUCGCCCUUACGGCCCAGGCCAUCGCGGCCGAGUGCAAUAUCAUCAGCGUCCCCCGCUCCCAGAUCGACGACAUCACGGCUCUCCAGCGCGUGAGCCACGUCGACCCGUCGAUAAAACCCGUCAUGGACGAUCUCGAGUCCUCGCCGCGCCAGGCCCUGGUUCUCUCCGGCCCCGAGCUGAUGACGCUCAACGAGGAGCAAUGGGACCAGCUGGCGCAGUAUCAGGAGAUCGUCUUCGCGCGCACGACGCCCGAGCAGAAGCUCCGCAUCGUGCGCGAGCUGCAGGCCCGCCACGAGAUCGUGGGCAUGACGGGCGAUGGCGUCAACGACGCGCCCUCCCUGCGCGCCGCCGACGUCGGCAUCGCCCUGGGCUCGGGCAGCGACAUCGCCAUCGAGGCCGCCGACAUGGUGCUCCUGGACUCCUUCUCGAGCGUCGUCGAGGCCCUGCGCUACGGGCGCAUGAUGUUCGACAACCUCAAGAAGACCGUCGCCUACCUGCUCCCGGCCGGCAGCUUCUCCGAGUUCUGGCCCGUCAUGACCAACGUCAUGUUCGGCAUCCCCCAGAUCCUGAGCAGCUUCCUCAUGAUCAUCAUCUGCCUCUUCACCGACGCCGCCGCCGCCAUCGCCAUGGCCUACGAGGCGCCCGAGGCCGACGUGCUCCUCCGCAAGCCCCGCGUCCCCGGCAAGGACCGCCUCGUCGACUGGCAGCUCGUCGUCCAGUCCUACGGCCUCGUCGGCGUGCUCGAGACGCUUUCGUCCUUCGCCAUGUCGUACUGGUACCUCGAGCGAAACGGCAUCAAGUUCUCCGACAUCUGGUUCUCCUUCGGCAACCUCCCCUCGACCAUCGACCCGGACUAUUACCAGCAGAAGCUCAACAUCGCGAGCUCCAUCUACUUUGUCAACCUCGUCGUCAUGCAGUGGUUCAACCUCAUGGCCAUCCGCACCCGGCGCCUGUCGCUCUUCCAGCACCCGCCCGUCGGCAACAGGCGCACCCAGAACCUGUACCUGUUCCCGGCCAUCGCCUUCGCCCUCCUCAUGGCCAUCUUCUGGCUUUACGUCCCCGAGUUCCAGACGACGCUCGGCACCGCGCCGGUGCCGGUCGAGUACUGGUUCCUGCCCAUGACGUUUGGUCUCGGCAUCCUUCUCAUCGACGAGGCGAGAAAGUUUGCAGUGCGCAGGUGGCCGAACGGCAUUUUGGCCAAGUCAGCCUGGUAGAUGAGGCGGUUAUCUUUUACUACCUAGACAAGGGGUGUUGGUUUGUUCGUCGGUAACGAUAUAAUUACGUAUUCGGGGGAUGCCCACGGAACGGACACUUGGCUGUGCGUCAUUUCGCCGCUGGUUGAAACUUUUAAGGGCACGUGGAGGUGGUUUUAUAUUGCAUUGUUUCAUGUUAUGGGAAAAGCAAGCGAGCGGGCGUUGACUCUGUAGACAAAUACACUAUUGUUGUUAUUGCAC